AUGACCGAGCUGUCUAUCCGCUCCUUUCUUACAACCCCACGGGACCUCGCAUCCCAACCGGAAAUGGAGGCCUCAAAUGAGACCGCGACACCCGCCGGAUUCUCCCCGGCCUCACCAGCCUCGCUGGCCACACAGGGGACACUGGAUGGGGACCUGCGUUCCCUCCUGCCCAAUCUGCUUACCAAGGCAGACUUGGAAUCCCUCUCUGACCGCCUCAGCAGGGUCAUCAGAGAUGAACUGGCACAGAUAAGGGCGGAUGUAGCCUCUAUAGAUGCUAAACUUACAGCCCUGGGAGGACAACAAAUUCAUAGACUGGGCCUGGUCAGAGCUCACCGCGCUCUGCGCGCACCCCCUGCAACUGGCGAACAGCCACGUGAUAUUGUCUGCUGCCUAGACAAUUUUGCCAUGAAGGAAGAUAUCCUGCGAGGCGCAUGCUGCAUAGGCACAAUCCGCAUUGACAACCAGCACAUAUCCAUCUACCAGGAUCUCUCCCGCUAUACCCUGCAGGCAAGAAAGGCUCUCAGACCAAUAACCACAGCACUCCAAGCGGCAGGUAUUCCUUACAGAUGGGGAUACCCCUUCUCUCUAUCAGCACGCAGAGGACCGGACCUUCACGUUAUACGGUCCCUGACGGAUGUCCCCAGCUUCCAGCGCUCUCUAGGGCUCCCGCAGGCACCAGUCCCGAACUGGCUAACCCAUCAGUUUAUACGCCACGCGAAGGGACCCCCACCACCACCACCGGGCAGAGAUCAGGGCAGGAACAGGCCCCAACGCGACCGCCCAUGA